AUGAAUAAUUUAAACGAGAAUCAAUACGCAGAACCAAUUUCAAUAGUCGUAGGUUCACCCGAUUGGAUGACUGUUGCCUCUGAUGAUAAUAAUAACUGCGUAUCACCAGGGUCAGCUCAUGAUGAAGGAUCCGAUCUCAUGAGUGCAAUCAUGGAAGAUGAAGUUACCACACAACUUGCUGCUGCAGGACCAGUUGGUGUAGCAGCAGCAACAGCCAUUGUUUCAUCGAAAAAAAGAAAAAUGCCACAUUCAUUUGAGACCGAUCCAUCGAUCCGUAAGAGGAAAACCACUGGGCUGCUAAGGAAAUUGCGAAACACAAUCGACGAAUUUACAACUGUAGGUGGUAAGCAGGCCAUAAUACUAGUAGCUACACCUGAUUCUUAUGAGGUCUUCGGUGCUAAACCUCUACAAGACGUAAUUGAAGACCUCAGGGGUAAUAUCAUGGAUAAACUGGGCGAUGCUCUUGCGACUCAAGCGCUCAAACCGAUUAAGCAAGACCCUACACUUUUCACACUACCUCCACUGAUUAUUGAUGGAAUUCCAACACCUGUUGCAAAAAUGAAUCAAGCAAUGUUGCGAGCGUUUAUUCCUUUAAUGCUUAAGUACUCGACAGGAAGAACAAAGCCAGGUUGGGGCAAAGAAUCUAUGAAACCACCGUGGUGGCCUGAAGAGGUGCCUUGGGCAAAUGUCAGACUGGAUAUUAGAAAAAAAUAUGAAAAACAAAAGAUAUCUUGGACACAUGCCCUUCGGCAGAUUAUUUUAAACUGUUACAAGUUUCACGGUAGAGAAGACCUACUCCCUGCAUUUACAGAAGAAGAUGAAAAGGUCAACAAGGAGACAACAGCUAAUGCUGAUGUUACUAUGCUGUGUAUACCAACAGUACUUCAUACUAUUACCAACUCAGAUGACAUAUACACUACAGUAAAAGUUGAUCAUAAUAAUCCCAUUAACACAUUACCAGACAGUACUACUGCCAAUUUCCCUGGAAUGGCAAUGAAUGAUGGAAAUCAGGUUCAUGAAGUUCAAACAAUUACAGAAGGUGAUACCUUGGGUGAAGACAUUGACUUUAAUUCUGUCACAGAAGCUACCUUAAAUUCCGAAGGGCAGAUUAUUUUGACAGAAGAAGAUGGACAUAGUAAGUUUUUCAAAUUUUAG